UUCUUUCCAUGCAUGCACCACCCCACCUUACAACACUAUAAUCACUCACUUCCACAUGAAAAUCAAGAUGAAACAUUGGAUACCAUGCAUGAUCAUGAAUUUCCUCAAAAUUUCCCCAAUUUUACUCCAUUUUUUUUUUCCUUAAUUUACACUCAAGUCUUAAAUAAACCUCAAAUCACACACAAAGUCUUUUCUUAAUACAAAUAAUUAAUAAAUAAUCCCUAUUAAUUAGUCUUGAUAAAAAAAACGUGACUUGCACGUGAGAGCUUACCAUACUUAGCUUUCCCACCGGAGUCCUCGUCCUUUGAGUUCGCACUCGCACGUGCAUCACGUGUUUCUGCCACGUGUCACUAUCUCUUCCCGUCUAUUUAGGGUUAAUCCUCCCGAUGUAUUCAUCAUCGAAGACUUCACCGGCGAGGAGAUGGAGGAGCUCGGAGUGGAACCAUCCUCACCGUCGAUCUUCGAGAUCAUCCUCGGCUGGUUCACCCCAACCGUCCUUUUCCUGAUCCUCAACCUCGUGAUCGGCACCAUUGUCUUAACUUCCAAGGCGAUGCAUCGCCAUCACACCGCCGCCGCUGCCGCGGGCUCCGAUGACCGGCCAAAGCUCGCCCGCACAUCGUCUGCCUUCGUCCUCGAGCGCCUCCGAUCACUUGGGCUCUACCGCCUCCGAUCCGGCGAAAUCCCUCUGGAAACCAGCGAUCCCCCACCGAUUCCUUCAUCCGAGGCGGAGGAGAUCGAGGAGACAGUUCAGGAGGAUGAGGCGAUGAGGAAAUCGAGCUGCGAGAAGACGGCGGUGGUGCGGCGGGCGGCGAGUGUGAGGCGAGAGGAGAAGGAGGUGGAGGAGGAGAUGGAGGUGGACGCGCGGGCGGAUGAUUUCAUUAACCGGUUCCGGCACCAGUUACGGUUGCAGAGACUGGAAUCUUUGACGCAGUAUAAAGACAUGCUUAACCGGGGGAAAUGAAUACUAAUAUUGUAAAUUUUUUUAUUUACAAUAUUAAUAUAUCAAUUAAUGUUUGGUUCUUGAGAAAUAUAAAUAUAUAUA